ACCGCAUACUGUUGUGACCUUAUAAUUAGAACUACUUCGGCAGGGAUUUGUAGUUCAGCUUCAUGCUACCAAAUAGCGUCACUUCACGGACUAAUCAUGCGCUCUAUCCUAAUUUGACCUAAAACUUCGGUACUCUAGGCGAAAUCAGUUCACUGAAGGCGGCAAGUCUUACCCGGAAUUGCUUCCUGUUUAAUUAAUCUAGUUUGGUUCAUCGGUGAUCGAGAUUUUACUCACAAAAUACCCUGACCUAAACUAGGCUUUUCGAUUUUGGUCACAAGAGAUUUUCGUGACACCAGUGGUUAAAGUGUGGUUGACGGAGGCGGGCUCCUUCAAGAUGGGAAAUGGUAAUACGAAAGCAGCUACUCUUCGACGAGUUGUACUUGCCAACCAAAAAUUCCGUCAGGCUUUGCAGCUUUGGCAAGACGAUCGCUCCGUUAGGGAGCCCUGGAGAACAAUUCUCCGCAAAGCUCCAUCGCAUAUUUACCGCAAACGGAAGGAGUUACUUCAAAACGAAGACGAAGAGUUGAUGGAGUAUUUCAACAACCUGCUACAAGGGAAAAUCAAACCAGAUUCAAGAUGGAGUAUUCCUUCGAGGGAGAUCGCUAUAUUUCUGAGUUCAACUUUUACGGACAUGUGCAGGGAAAGAGAUCUACUCAUGGAAGACGUGUAUCCAUAUUUGCGCGAAUUUUGUCGACAACUUGGCUAUAAUUUCAGUGUGGCUGACAUGCGCUGGGGAGUGCGUGACGAAAUGACGGACGAACAUCAAGCAGUUGAAAUUUGUGUGAAAGAAGUACAACGAUGCAGGAAGGAGUCCAUAGGACCAUACAUGGUUUGUAUUAUUGGUGACAAGUAUGGCUAUAGACCAAUCCCGAACAAAAUUGAUAAGGAAGUGUUUCAGAUGCUGUUAAGUAGCGUCAAGAGUCAGCCAGGCAGCAAAAGCGCAUCUGAACUGUUGGAAAAGUGGUACAAACUGGAUGAGAACAGUUUCCCUGCGGCGUACGUACUACUUCCUGUGUCAACAUAUUACCCGCACGCUUACAAGAAUUCCGCUGUAGUCGAUAUGACGACCAAGACAAGACAGGAAAGAAAUCAGUGGUGGCAGGAUUUGGUAACCAUGAGAGAAGCUUUACAAAAGGCUGCGAGUCAGACAGACGUUUCAGCUUUUUCCCUUUGCAACAUGACAGAAGAGGAUUUUAAAAUAUCAGUGACAGAGGAGGAAAUUAUGACUGGGAUUAGAGGGGAAGACAUGGAUCCCAAUUAUAUGUUUCUCUUUUUACGUUCCCUUAAAGGAAUAGACGAGAUUGAUCCAAAUAACAAUGGUUUCGCCAAGCGCUAUAUAGAUGUAGAGGAAUGCGGGUUUCAAUCGCACUCCACAAAACGAAAUGAUGCAAAAUGUUCGCUACAGAGGCUUAGAGAUAGCUGUCAAGAAUUUAUUCCAAAUGCCAACAUCUGCAGAUAUAGCCUGUCUCUACACGUUACAAGAGAUGGUCAUAUCGACGUGAAAAAGAACAAAGAAGAAGUAAAGAAUUUCUGUGACAAGUUCUGUCAGUUAAUGGUCGAUGCCAUCCAGGAAGCUGUAGCUAAACAUAAAGUGAUCGAUGACCCCUUGUAUCUCGAGGUUCUUAACCACGCGACAAUGGCAGAGAAAAGGACAGAGGCAUUUGUUGGCAGGAAACUUUUUCUGAAAAAGAUGGAAGCUUACCUGAAGAUGGAUAAUGGUGGAAAGCCCUUUGUUGUCCAUGGUAUUUCUGGAUGUGGAAAAACGUCCCUUAUGGCCAAAGUGUUCAACAUGUCUAUUGAAGAUUGGAGUGGAGUAGAGACUGGAAGGCCAUUUCAUUUCAUACGAUUCAUAGGCACUUCACCUUUCUCAUCUGAUGUAAGAUCUCUGUUGAGAAGUUUGUGUCAGCAGAUGUGCUUGGUGUUGAACGAUACAUCAACAGUUAUUACAGACAACUGUGAGCGGCUAGUGGCAACAUUUCGCUCUCUUCUCCAAAGAGCCACACCAGAAAAGCCAAUAGUUUUAUUUCUCGACUCACUGGACCAGCUGUCAGACCAAGAUGACGGACGUGCCUUAAGAUGGCUUCCAAUGAGCUUGCCAAAUAAUGUCCACAUUGUGGUGAGCACCCUUCCCAAUACAGGAGGGUGCCUUGCUGUACUAAAAACCAAACUAAAACCAGAAAACAAUGCUGAAUUUUAUCUUGAGGUUUCAUCCUUGGAAUCAAGUGACGCUGAAAGCAUUCUAGAUAUGAGAUUAGAAAAAGAGAAAAGGAAACUCACAGCACAGCAAAGGUCCCAAGUAUUAGAAACCUGUUCUAAACCAACAGCACUUUACAUGAAACUUGCUUGUGACACAGCUCUUCGUUGGAAAUCUUUCUCUGAAAACACACACAAGGAAUUAAGACCGACUGCGACAGAGCUGAUCAUACAACUUUUUGAACGCUUGAUCACAGAGCAUGGGGAACAGUUUGUCCGUAGGGCUCUAGGUUACAUCACAGCCUCUAAAACAGGUCUUUCGAAGUCAGAACUGGAAGAUAUCUUAUCAUGUGAUGAUAUCGUACUCUCUGAUGAGGUCUUUAAAUACCACGUUUCACCAAUCAGAAGGCUGCCACCUCUUCUGUGGACUCGACUCCGCAACGAUUUAGGCAGUUAUCUGGUGAAGGUAGCCGCAGAUGGUCACGUGGUAUACAAGUGGUAUCACAGACUGUUCCUGGAGGCAGCAAGGAGUUAUUUUUUGAGUGAUAAGCCCUUCACAGACUCGCUUCACAGGGAUUUAGCAAAUUACUUCAGUGGCAGGUGGGCGCGGGAAGCAAAGCCAUACACAGACAAAGACAGAACAAGAAGAAGUGCAUUCAGAAUAGUGGCAGAUCAGCCGUUGUUAUUAAGUACUGAAGACUCAGAAGAUAGCAUGGAUUCCGAAAAUGAAGGGAAUAGACCAAGAUACAACUUGCGCAAGUUAAGCGAGCUACCUUACUAUUUGAUCAGAUGUGACAUGUGGAAUGAAUUUGUGGAGAUUGUGUGUCAGAUUCCAUGGCUGAUGGCAAAGUGUAAGGCUGGAAAAGCAUUCGAACUGACUCUUGAACUCUCUGAGGCUUCCUUGAAGUGCAGCAAUGACAAGUCAGCCAUGAUAGAAGACGUGUACAGUUGUAUUCGAGCCAAUGCUCAACAACUGAGUCAGUUCCCUGAGCUGGUACCACAGCUUUGUCUCAAUGAACCCGAUAUUUCAUAUUGCGCUACUAUGGCUAAGAAAUAUUUGGAAACAGCCAGCAAACAUGAAGGCGCUAAGAUCACUCUUUGGAGAGAUUUAACGAAAAUGGAGUCUCGCAAGAUCAACGUAGCAUCAUUUAAGCAUCCAGCAGGAGUCAGGAGAUGUGUUUUCUCCAAAGGCUGCAAAUAUCUGGCCACGUACGCUACAGAUGGGGUGUUGCGUGUAUUUAUGGUCGCAAGUGGCUAUACCGUCAUGACAAAGUAUUGCGAAUGUCACGUGAUAUCGUUUCCCGCCAGCAUAGACCAAUGCCACUGGGUUGCAGUCGCUGGUUCGCACUCCAUUUUCCGUUUCGGCCUGGGCACUGGUGGUAAACAUGAAGGGACAACUCUUCAAGAGAUAAAUGUUGACUGCGACAUUGACGAUAAAGCAAGCAUUGUUAGUACCAAGAAAGGCAAGGCUUGGGAGAUAUUUCUGGCAACAGCGCAUGGUAAGCUACGUUCCUAUAGUACUUCACCUUCCUCUAACGGACAGCCUGUUAUGAAAGAAGAACUCCCGAGAAGGCCAAAAGUUCUGGCAAUCUCUCCAGAUGGCAACUCGUUAGCAUUUGGAUCAGACAAGAUGUAUUUGUGGAACCCGAAAUCUCAUAAGGACGUGAGGGUCUUCGAGACUGGUAAGAAGACCGCUCCGAAAAUGGAUGGCGCUACCAUAAGUUUUUCGAAGAACGGUGCCAAGUUAGGAGCAGUGCUGUCGAAUGGAACUUACAUAUGGAAUAUUCAGAGUGCAAAACUCCUGAGGACACUUGCCAUGAACUGUUUGGGUGUCGCGUUUGUCGUGUUUUCUCCAGAGUUCGAUUACAUUGCUACCCAGGACCUCAAAGACAAUGAACAUCUCCAGGUAUUGUGCAUGGCUCCUAAACCGUACGAUAAAAGUCCAGAAUGGGAAAUACUGACAGGCCAUUCGGGUGAAAUUCGAACCUGCUGUAUUGGGAACAGGGAAAGCGGUCAUCCCUUAAUUGCAACAGCCUCAGAUGACAGCACCGUUCAACUAUGGGAUACGAGAAACAUGCCUUCACCGAAAGUAGUCAAGCUUCCAAACCACAGCAGUCUCGUUCAAGAGUGUACAUUUUCCAAUGAUAAUGAAUUAGCAGUAAGUUGUUCCUUGACUGAGACAUGGGUAUGGCAGGCCCAACCACCUGUGUACCGACUACAUCGGUUACACCCUGCUUCUGGCAAUAGAGCCAGUGGCACCUGCCCCUGUUUCUCUGAAGACGCAUCAUUUGUAUCAGUGUUUGUUGAGACUGGUGUGGAUGUGUGGCAUCUCAAGUCAGGUGUUGAUCCUCAUGGAUCUGACAGGAGUCUUCUCAUGGGAGCACACAGAACUCUUACACUUUUGACUGUCCAACACCUCUUCACCAAAUUCACAUCCGACGGCUUGUACACCUGCUUGAUUACGGAAAGUGAGCCUGAAACUGUAAGACUCUAUCUCGCUGUCAAUAGAUACAGUCUGGAGAAAUGGGCAAAACAUGAGCUCAAAGAUCCGCCACCAAUGGAUCUGAAUGAAAGAGAAGCAUUUGAGCAGAGGUUUUCAGUUGACAGUGGAAACAAGAUCACAGAAGCAGCCAUAUCAAGCACAUGUGGCAGACUUGUGGCUAUAAGUGUACCAAGGCAAAGUAGUUCUCAGGAUUGGAUGAAAGGGCCUGCCGAGGUUCACUUGUGGGAUCUAAACGACCACACGAACUGGAAAGUCCAAAUAUCCCUACACCCCACCAUCAUUCGUCAGGUGAAAGUUGGUUGCGAUUACCUGGUAACUUUUGUUCAGUGUCGUAAUCACAUAUCUGCAUCUAAAAAAGUCAGGAGUGGCAGGACAAAGAGGAGAUCUUCUUACAACGCUGCAUCGGUCGUCGAUGAAGGUAUUUUCCAUGUCAUAGAUAGAGAUGGAUCGACGGUUCAGACAUCUCAGAUUCCUGGUAAAUUUUCUGGAUUGAGCGUAGUUAACGGUGAAUCUUCUUUGCGGAAGAUAUCAGAAGGACUUUUGGCUUACAGUCUACAGGAAGGUGUUGUCAAAGCGCAGGAGGUCAGAUCUAAUAAGGUGAUGGGAACCUUCACAGUCAACAACACGGAAAUAACAGCCGUGAACAUUUCGUCAAAUGGAAAAUCUGCCGUUGUGGGAUGCGCAAAUGGAAAUGUGCACAUUAUUCAGAUGAUUUAGAGGAAUUCAUAAUACCUCUUUUAAUCUACAUAAGACGAUUUCGACCGAUCUGCUUUGUAAUCAAAACAACGCAAAUAUCUCCUCACAUCCUAUAGUGUGAAAAAAACCAACUUUUGAUAUUGAUAGAUCAUACUUUUAAUAUAUUUGCAGUAUCUAGGUGAUUAAUUAUUUGUUGAUUUAUUUCGUUGUAACUAUGACUUCUCGGUUGUGGUGCGCUAUUGUUAACCUGUUAAAUGCAAAGCUCACAGUGUUCCUGUGGAAUUAAUUAUGUGUCGGUGCGACCCGUGUUCCCGGGUCCAAUUACUUAAAAUUGACAAAAGCGUCCUUUUCCCGACUGCGAUUUAAGGACAAUCGAGGGUACGCAGUUUUAACCAGAAAGCCACGUUAGUACAUUUACUUCAGAUUUAUUGUAUUAAAAUUUUAA